AUGGUAUCGCUACGGUCUAUCGCAACCGCUAUUGCGGGAGUCGCCUUGUUCUUCGAAACCUCACUGGCGAGCUCCGUAAAGCGCAACGCCGUUAACUAUAUUUCACUGAUCGACGAGCCUGUCAUUAACACGCCGUCUCACCGAAUCCGCGCCGAUUCGCACUUUGAUCUUCUAUUCUCACUGCACAACAAACAGCAAAAGAUUCGUCUUCAGCUCGAACCGAACCAUGAUAUUUUGCCCGAGAAUUUCGCCAUCACCUACAUCGGGGGCGACGGUGCUGUACGAUCUGUCGAGACGAUAAAGCGAGAGGAGGACAAGGUAUUCAAAGGCUCUGUCUUUGUUCAACGGAUAGGAAGAGAAGGAUGGACAAAGGCCGGCUGGGCAAGAAUCACGAUUCACCGCGAUGGCACAGAACCCGUUUUUGAGGGUACUCUUCGAAUUGACGGAAACCACCACCACAUUCACACCGGUACCAACUUUCAGCAAGUCCGACACGAAGACGAUCCCGUAUUGGCAACCACGGAAAACAGCGACGAAGUCAUGGUAGUCUGGCGCGACUCUGAUAUCAUAUCAUUUCACUCCGAGGAAUUAAAGAAGCGGGAGGCUUCGGCUGCGCUCUGCAACUCUGACACUUUGGGUUUCAACAGCAAGUUUCAUGAACUCGAAAACUUUGAUACAUUUGGCGUCUCAAACUCUAAAUCUCUGUUUGGACGACAAACCAUCGACACUGGCAACGAUGGUAGCAGCAUUGAUCUCGAGUCGACGAUUGGCUCCGUGAACGGCUGCCCGACUAGCCGAAGGGUCGCUCUUCUGGGCAUCGCGACAGACUGUGGAUACACUGCGACUUUCAACUCGUCCGAAGCAUUAAGAAAAAGUGUCAUUCGAAUGGUCAACGAUGCCUCUCAGGUUUAUGAGAGCUCUUUUAACAUCACCCUGGGUAUCCAGAACCUCACCAUCAGUGACGGAUCUUGCCCUGGUAGCCCUUCAGAGACGGCGCCUUGGAACCAAAAGUGCUCUGGUGAUGUUAACCUGUCCGAUCGUCUGAACUUGUUUUCUGCCUGGCGUGGCAAGAAUGCGGAUAGCAACGCAUACUGGACUCUCCUGAGCACAUGUAACACAGACUCUGCCGUUGGUCUUGCCUGGUUGGGUCAGCUCUGUCGUCCUGGUGCUUCAGCCAACGCGAACAGUGGAGGCCGAAACGAAACUGUUGCUGGAGCAAACGUUGUUGUCAGAACAUCAGCAGAGUGGCAGGUUUUUGCCCAUGAGACAGGCCACACCUUUGGCGCUGUCCACGAUUGCACUUCAAGUGCUUGCCCAGUCUCUUCGAACGCUCAAGCAUGCUGUCCCCUGAGCAAAACCUCUUGCGACGCCAAGGGUGAUUUCAUCAUGAACCCUUCGUCCAGGCCCGGUAUCAGUGAAUUCUCACCCUGCAGUAUCGGAAACAUCUGCUCAGGCUUUAGGCGAAACGUCAACAGUGAAUGCUUGACUGAAAACAGAAACGUCAAGACCAUUUCGGGCCAGCAGUGUGGCAACGGUAUCGUCGAAGAAGGCGAGGACUGCGAUUGUGGUGGCGAGGAAAGCUGCGGCAACAACCCCUGCUGUGAUGCGAAGACGUGCAAGUUCAAGGGCAAUGCUGAAUGCGACAACUCCAACGAAGAGUGCUGUACCGAAGGAUGCAAGUUUGCUUCUUCAGGAACUGUCUGCCGAUCAAGCACUGGCCCCUGUGAUCCUGAGGAGAAGUGCACAGGAAAGGACGCGACAUGCCCCAAGGACUCACACAGCGACGACGGUACAGACUGCGGUGACAAUCUAAAAUGCGCUUCGGGUCAGUGCACAUCGCGAGAUGAGCAGUGCCGAGCCAACUACCAGAACACGACAUCAUCAUCACAUGUCAAGGCUUGUACUAACAGCUGCCUCUUGUCUUGU